AUGCGACGAAUCAAGAGCUCAUGUGGUCCCCCAGCUGCUGCUCCGCUUUGGUCACACCGUGCAGUAGGGAGAAGCACUCAUACCGCCGUGGAAAAAUGGAACCUCGCUGCCAUGCGACGCUCCAAGAUUUGGGAUUGGCAACGCGCGCAGGCUCAACAGGUAGUCAGUCGCGCAGAGGAAGGGUCGCCGUAUGAGGCACCGCUCAUCUGGAAGGCAGAAGAGUAG